UAUGAUAGAAGUAUAAAAUAAAGUAAUACUUUAAUUUACGCAAGCUUAUUUGUUCUGAAUCAAAGAAUAAUUUAAUAAGAAAAAACAUUAUAAAACAAGUAUUCCGGGUUAAUGACCAUGGCAGUCGACGCCCAUAACACUAAUCAACAACAAUAACAAGUAUUCAAAAUAAAAUUUACAUAUUGACUAAUACAAGCACGUUCAAGUGCAAAUCCAGCUGAGCGGAAAUAGAUGUCGCCACAUUUUUGUUAGGUAGUAGUGUAGUAGUCGCGAAAGUAUAAAUUUUAAACUAUUUUUAAGAAUACAGUUUCCAAAAUGUUUUCAACUUUUUAAAUCAAUUUCUUAUACUGUUGCGUAUGGUAGGAACCUGUUUCUCUUGGCCACUAUUUUCCCCAAGGAAACUAAAUUUACACUUGAUAACAUUAUAACAUUUGUUUAAAUAUUAUUAACAUUAAAAUGAUCAUGAAUCGUCAUUAUUAACUUGAAGGUUUAUAUUUGAUGUCUAAUGGAGGCUAUUCAAAUAAAAAAGGAUUUUCGAAUUACAAUAACUGAAGCUGUAUACAGUCAGAUAAUUGGAAAUUAACAGUUAAAUCAACAGUUAACUGUCGAAUUAAGAGCUAUAAUGUCUCUUAUAUAUUUUAUACAUAUUGUAUUUUUAACAUUAUGUAUAAAUGGAAUUAAGGCAAAAGUUUUAGAACCGAGUGACAUAGUUAUUGUGAUAUUGAGCCAAACAGAAGGUUAUCAUAUAGCGCAUGCUGAUAUGUUGAAAAGAAAUAUUGUUGAGCAGUCUGAUAUUCUUGAUAAAAAUCCUCCUGAAAUCAUUUUGUCUCACGAGUUAAAUAUUAAUGGAUCUUGGACAAUAAUACCACUAUUGGAACAUUUGUCAAAUUCAUAUACAACUUCAAAAUGGUUCUUCUUUUGUCUCGAGAAUACUGUAAUUAGAUUGAAUAAAUUGUUGGGUAUUCUUUCUAAAUUCAAAGAAAAUAAAAACUUGUGGAUUGGUCAUGCAUUAUAUGAUCAUGAACCAACUAUUAUACAUCAUUUUGCAGAUCAUAAUAAAAAGUUUAAAUAUCCACAUAUAGCUUCAGGUUUCGGUAUAACCAUUACUUUAUUAACAAGUUUAGUACAAAAAAUCAUUGAAGGUGGAGGACCAAAAGAUGAUUUUUCAAUUGAUGCAUCAUAUGAAUUUGCAUCUUUUGUUUUGAAAGUUGAUAAAGGAGUACGACUAACACAUGUACCUGAAAUAUGUAUUGUAUCAAGCUCAGAUUGUGCAACAUAUCCAAGAUUUUUUCAUCCAUGUAAUUCGUCUAUAUCACCUGAAAGUGUGUAUUUUGCUGUAAAAACUUGUGGAAAAUACCAUUCGGAGAGAAUUCCUGUGAUCAAAAAAACGUGGGCAAAGUAUACUACAAAUAUUGGUUAUUUUAGUGAUGUAACUGAUAAAUAUCUUUCUGAUGCCUUCAUUGUGUCAAAUACUACACAUGGACACUGUAAAAAGACUUAUGAUAUUUUAAUAGAAGCAGAUAAAAUAUUAAAAAAAAAUAAUUUAAAUUGGUUGGUACUGAGUGAUGAUGAUACACUUUUUAGUGUAGCACGUUUAUUACGAUUGUUGACCUGCUUUAAUCCAGAUAGUCCUAUUGCUAUUGGAGAACGAUAUGGUUUUCGAAUCUGGGAUAAUCUUUAUGGGUAUGAAUACUUAACAGGUGGAGCUGGAAUUGUUUUAUCUGCACCUUUGGUGCAUCAAAUUACUCACUCUGGCAGAUGUAGUUGCCCAUCAGCUACAACACCAGAUGAUAUGUACUUAUUUGGUAUAUGUUUAGUACAAAUUGGAGUGAAAACUGUUCAUUCACCAUUAUUUCAUCAAGCACGCCCCACGGAUUAUGCAACUGCAUAUCUUGCUUCGCAAGAACCUGUAUCAUUCCACAAAUUUUGGAUGAUUAACCCACACAUGGUUUACGAUGAAUGGUUUGUAGAAGCAGACAAAUCAUUAAUCACAGUUGAGAAACAUACAGAACUUUAAUGAAUUUGGAUCAAAGCUGCUUUCUUUUAAAUACCUGAAAUUCUACAAAGUCUUCUCCUUCUAAGAUAUGACGUUAUUACUGGUUUAUUAUUUAUCAUCAUUUUUUAAUCUUGUAUCAGUAGUGGGAUUCCGAUAAUAUGCGUCAGCUUUUAUGAUAGAUAAGACUUAUGGUCACAAAAAAUGGCAAAAACUUGUUAUCAGCAGCUAUUCAUUCGAAAGAACGAUAUACACUGUGCACCUCGACCUUUACAAACUUAUUACAAUACUUCCUCCACUCAUAUAUGUAUUAUGUAUUGAUAAUAAAAGACGGAUACGAUGAAUUUAA